AUGACCACGAUCAAGCGCGUUACCCGCACCGAGCCCUGUUCGCGCCACCAUCGAGCCUCCUACUACGCUCAAGACGUCUCCGAAGGUCCUCCCGGGCGACUCGCGUCCCUUUGCUCUUCCUGCAGGUAUUCUAGCCAAUCUGGCAACAUCUCCGCCGCCAUGGUCUCCAUAGCCGUCCAGCCGCCGACCGAGACCCAGACCUGCCGGCCCAUAUAUCCACCUGUCGUCGCCCAGACGCAUGUCCGCGCCGGCGGCCGCCACAACAACACGCACCUCUUCGCGACAGCAGCACUGCUCGACGACCAAGGGCGGGUCCUCGACGGCCAGCUGGGCGGCGCCCUGGUCGCGACAGGCUAUGCCGUCGAGGACCGCGGCUCCGGCAGCAGGCAUCAGUCUGUUGCCUUUGCUUUUCCGGACCUAGCGCUCACAUAUGCCGGCGUGUACUCCAUCCGUGUAGACGUAUACCGCGUCAACUACGAUGAUGGAGACACGGACAACGCGACCAUGAUCGAUCAGGCCGAGACGGAGCUGUUCUAUGGCUUUUCAGAGGCCGUUGCGGUGCAGAGGCCAACAUCAGAAGAGAGGUCUUUGCUGCGCAAAUUGAGGCAAAGUGGAUGCGAUAUCCCAAGUACGCCGACGUGA